AUGAGUUACGCUCCAAUAAAUAACCCUCCACAAUACUCAGAUAACCCAGAACAGUCACAAUAUGGGGAAACUGGGAUUGAUAACAUCCCAGAUGAUUUCAAAUAUGAUACUAAUGUUUCUGGUUGUGAAUUAUCUAUAAGACAACAAUUUAUCAAGAAAGUUUAUACAUUAUUAUUUUUACAAUUAUUAAUAACAGGUGCUAUUGGUGCUUUCAUUUCAUUAAAUCAAAGUGUUCAAAAUUUUGCCUUGACAAAUAUUUGGUUAUUCUUUGUUUCUAUUGCUGGUUCUAUUGGAUUUUUAAUUGCUGCUUAUGUUCAAAGUAAAAAUUAUCCAGUUAAUUUAAUAUUAUUAACAGGGUUUACUGUGUUUGAAGGUUAUAUCAUUGGUGUUGCUACUAGUCUUUAUGAUACACAAAUUGUUUUGGAAGCAUUAACUAUAACUUUAGUUGUUUUCAUUGGUUUAACAUUAUUUGCCUUCCAAUCAAAAUAUGAUUUUACUUCAUGGGCUGGUGUCUUAAAUUCCGUAUUAUUUUGUAUGAUUGGUAUUAGUUUCAUUUGGUUUUUCUUUCAACCAUCAAGUACUGCAGAAUUAGUUUAUAGUUCUAUUGGUGCUAUUGUUUUCAGUGGGUAUAUCUUGGUUGAUACUCAAUUAAUUUUAAGAAAAUAUAAUGUUGAAGAAGAAGUUCCAGCUGCUAUUAGUCUUUAUUUGGAUAUUAUUAAUUUGUUUUUAAACAUUUUAAGAAUCUUAUCAGCUUCACAAAAUGAUAACUAA